UCUCAACUCGGGUAGCAGACUUAGUCUUAGUCUUGGUCUUAGUCUAGUGAGUGUAGUUAAAGGAUUGUUAGUGUAGUGUGCGAUCCGUGUGUUCUUGUUAUGUGUAGUGGUGGUGGGCGCUAUCAGCAUAGCGUUAGUCUGUAGCUACUGAUAGCGAACGGUGAACCUGCCGCCCGGCUGUAGUGUCGAUUCAGCCAGCGACCCGGUGAACGAUUCGUGUUAGUAGUCCAAUCAACGUGAGUGUCACUGUCCCCUCGUGCGUUACAAUUGUGUGCGUUACAAUACGGAAUUUCUAGCUUGUGACAGUAAGAGUUUCCGUGUGUCUGACAGAACUUAAUAUAUAAACAAUCUUACUUCUGGUGAAGCGUCUAAUCUAAGCCCCGGUGCACUGGACGUCAACGCAUCGCUAGAGAAUAAACCCACACUGAUCUGGGCCAAUCAGUUUUUUUCUGGUUGGGUCGGGCGGUACACCGGACUGAUGCUGAUCGGGUUCGAGCCCUAUUAAAUGCAUUGAUUAACACAUAGUGAGGUAGGCGGGGGUUAAAGCGUCCGACUACGGACGUUUUGAAUUUAGAAUCAGAAUUUCCCGAAGUAAUUUCCCUUGAUAGCUUCCCGUUGAUAAAUCCUUCGUAGUUAUCUUUCACUCGCUGUAGCAGAUUACGGGUUGCCGGUUUCGAAAACGCUUCCUUCCUUAAGGAGUAUAUAAUUUGAGAAUAAAACACAAUGCAGUUUUGAUAUAAAACGACGGACGGAUAAAAUUUUUGGUUUUCGAGGUAGUUUAUUUCUUUUUUUUACAUACUGCGCAUGAGAUAAAUAGAAUAGUACAUAAGUCAAACAAUAAAAAGUAAGGAUUUGAAAUAACGUUUAUUAGUAUCUGUAACCUUCAAGACGUGAGAAGAGUAUAGGUUUAUUCUCCUACACAGAAUUCUUUUAGGGUGCGUGUGCAUUACCGUUUCAAAAAACUUUGUAUUCAAGCACAACAAGAGCUUCACACCAAAGUGGAACUAUAGUUGAAUUACGCGUAGUUGAAGAAUCCCUGCCGUGUGUGACGUACAACUCCUACUCCACUUUCUGUUUAAGAAGUUUCACUCGCAUACAGAAGCAUGCUUAUCUAGCCCUACCCUGUUAUUCAAUUGCACGUCGUGAGAACUGCUCCUCGGUCACGGCUGAUGGUCACCACUACCUCAAGUUUCCGAAUUGCGGUCAUUGGUUCGCUGGUCUUUGGGCAGCGGAACUAGACAACCCUGGUCUUUUCCCCUCAAUUCCCGUGAGUGAGAAGGUUGCAAGAAACUUGCUGCGUGGCAUUGUCUUCCCUUAAGGAGAACACGGUUGUUUAAACUUGUUGUCUCUUCAAUAAGGCGAACAUUCGUUCUUUAUUUCAACGUAUUGAAAAAACUGUGAAAUACUGUGUAACACCGAUCGUCUUCAUUUGGCCCCAUCACUCAUGUUCUCAAUGUCUAGGGCCACACGUUGCUAAUGGACGAUUUAUCGAGAGCAAUCGAAUGGUGCAAUUUGUAAUAGGAAAUGGAAUGGUGCAGUGGUCUUAGAUGAUAGUUCAACAUAGAAGGAAGAGAGUUCAUGUCUCAGGGGAACGGAAGAGGGAGAGUUGAAUCCUUUUUUCUACCUUUUGGGCUUCGAAGUUUUCAUUUUACUAAAAUCCUUUUAGCUGAAAACGAUGGGAAAAAUUCGAGACCGAUCAGUGCAGGACGAUCCGGAGACAUGGAUGCCCUUUCAGCGGGAGACAUAGGGUAUAUCGCAGAAUCGGAACGCAAACGUGAAGGCCGCUUGACAACAAUUAUAGACCAGUUGCUCAGUAGUAGAACCACUUCUACUUUUGGCGAUGCCGUCAAUUCUGAAAAAAGGAUAAAAGGUAAACAUCGCGAUAUUUCAUCGUCUUUAGGAAGAACUGAUGGCGCUAUGUCUUCGUCGAGUGCGUCAAUGGAACGCCAAAUCAUACAGGCAUCAGCAAAUGAUAAUCGUCCAAAGAAAGAAAGUGGCGCUCCUAAUUCGUCGGGCGUAAAAGCUUCACUAUCAAAUAAAGCUCGUCGCAAAAAAAUUGUACGCAACAGUUCUCCGUCUGCAAAUGUAAAACAUGAACGUUUCAGCCCCGAAAUGGAGACGGGCACGGCUUCUUCUCGGAGUGCCUCACCAUGCAGCCCCAUUUCCCAUUCCUUCCGGCCUCCUACACCUUCAACUGCAGAAACGCCGAAUAAUUCGUGUGUCUCUCCAGCGGAACGAUUUAGCCCGGGGAACUACAACGCAUCCAAUAACAAAUUUAUGUCGGAAGGUCUUCAAAUGUCUCGGAACUACAGUGAUUUCAUGCGUAGUUUGGCAGCGAAGUACAACAAUUCCAACGAUUACCGGUCGCAGCAAACAAACAGCCUCAUGUCGAUCUUAGACUCACGUGCAUCCUGUAAGGACUUGAUAUUCGGCGAAGGAUCCUCACAGUCACCCCCAUUCCCUCUCUUCAAUCUUCCACUGAAUACGUUCACUUCUCAUGGGCUUGCUGCUAGUAAACACUACGAAAUGACUUCUGCAUUGGGAGACACUGGCAAGAAGGAAAAGAAGGAAUUCUCUACAAUUCCAUUGCUACCUUUUAGUGGAUUGGGCCAAGACAACAGUAUCCGCCAAGCACUGCCACCUGGCUUCCAUGCUGGCCCUGCCAUGGACAUGAGUUCAACUCAAGCGCUGCUGAGCAUUGUCCGUUCGGCUACUGCUCGUGGUUCACCGCGCAUAGACCCAUACUUUAACGAUGCGACUACUCGAACUGGCUCCGCCUCAUUAAAACGCUCAGCAGUCGAAACGGUUGCAGUGGCGUCUCACAUCCCAUUGGAUCUAAGUGCUUCAAUGGCAAAGCGUCCAUACGUGGAUUCGCAACUCGAAUCACUAGGCCGUAGUCGAUUUUCCCAACUUUCUUCUUCUAGGUCGCCUGCUAUAGACCCAAAUAACAUUCCCGGGAGACAAUUUUCUCCUAUUGGCAGGAAGUCACCGUCCUCACACUUCGCAUCAGACACCAUAAAUGCUUAUGGAGAAAAAAAAAUAGUAAUUCAGAACAAAUCAGCAGCUUCGCAGUUGCUGCCAAACUGUCGCUUAAGUUGUGCCGCUCAUUCUUGUAGCGCUGCCGCAGUUGAAGUUCAAAAGUGGUCAAUCAGCCACGUAGUGGAUUUUGUCAAAAGCAUUGAUAUCUGUUCUGAAUAUGCCCAGGCAUUUGAAGACCAAUCAAUCGAUGGCAGUACUCUUCCCUUGCUGACCGAAGAACACUUAAUCACAAGCAUGAACAUGAAACUUGGACCAGCAUUGAAGUUACGAUCCGUACUGGCAAAUAAGAUAGGUCACUGUGCUAUAUGCCUUCAUUGUAUUCAUUGUCACGCAGAACCUACAGGAGUUGAGCAGCCACCGCCCUCUCAAGAUCACCAAAAUUUGUCGAAGAACUCAUGAUAUCAAUGACUUAGUAGGGAUUUCUUUCCAAAAAAGUAGUUCAUCACUGUUGACUGUAUAGUCACUUCGCUCCCAAAGAUAUGAACGGUCCUACGAACAGUCUCUCUUGCAACAUGUUAUAGAUUGUUUUAAGUUGUACUACUUGUAAUUUAAAAGAUCACAAAACUAUAUUAAUUUUUUAACGCAAGCAUAAGCUUAAAGCGUCACAAGCUUAUAAUAUUUCAUUUCAGCCUAGAUAUUUUUCGUGCUUAAAUUUUGGGCACAUGUAGAACCAAACACAGUCCGUUCCCAUAUAAAGUGCAGAAACAUUUAAUUGUUCAUGGUCAGAAUACGUUGACUAUAGUUUAGUUUAUAUUGAAAGCGUAAAUUCAAAUAAAAGUCACCAAUAUUUUUAAA